GAUUUGGCCUCCAAAGAGCGCCGUGAAACGUUUCCGACAACGCUGGAAACGCGUUUGUUCGCUCGCUCGACGCUUUGAGCUUCAAGUCGGCAAGUUUCGGGCUCGCAGCGAAAAGCCGGAAAAACCAACAAAAAACAAGUUCGUUUUCAAUGGGAGCAUAGCAGUGACGUCAUCUGGGGGAAGAUUUGUCAUGUGAUUUAUUCCGAGUGUCGCUCUGAGGUGAACGUGACCGCGGUCGACCUUUCACCUACUUAGCACGCCGCUCGUGGCGGGACGCUAGCCGAUGCUUUGACAUUGAUGAUGAUGUUAUUUUCGAUUGCCAUAAUGAGCAGGGCUGGGCGAUGCGGCAUUACAAUCGAAUCGUGUUCGAAACAAAUCAUUCUGCUCAUUUCGUUUGUUUCUGCGAGGAAAUGAAAGUCAAAAUUGGCUUUGAGGGCGACGCCGAGAAAUUCUGUCCAUAAAAGUCAUGAAGAGAAUCGGCGGCGAGGGGCGGCCUCGGCGCAGGCCGACCCUCGCCGGAAACGAGUCCCGCUUCCUGCCCCGUCCGUAUCGGGGGGUCCGGUACCCCGUACUCCCGAAACACCCGCCGCAGGGCUUCCCGAGGGACGCGGUCCGACGCCUUCUCCAAGUCCACAAAACAACGUAGACCGGUCGGGCCGACUCGCACGCACCGUUGCACGGCCAGGACCAAAACCUAACCUCUUGGAAAGUCCAUCGUCCGGCUACGGACGAUGGACGUUAUGGAAAGUCCGGGACCGGCGCACGAGUCGCCGCUCGGGGUGCCCGGUCCUCAAAACCUUCAGUGUGAGGACGACGACAAAUACUAAAAAAAAAGACAAAGACAAAUACUACGGUUGCGAUGAGCGAUUAUUUGAAUCAUCGCGCAGCGUUUGUAAACUGCACCGGCUCCUCUCUGUUGGCAGCCGCGUUGUUAGUGUAAGCGGCGCACAUCAGCGCAGACGUGCUUUCGACUACGGAAGCCACUUAAAAAGAUGGAUUUGAAAAAUGUUGUGACAAAGUGGAUCAAUGGCCCGGCCCGAAUGAAAAAGAAUCCGGCUUAGGGCGACAAUGCGAAUGUGUUGCAGCCGUCGGCGUGUGCGUGCGCGGCCGUCGCGGCGUGUCUCAGCUCGCCGAGCUCCCAGAAACUCAUCACAUGCUGCGGCGGACGUGUCGAGACUUCGCCGACCGCGAGCUGGCACCCAUCGCCGCCCGGCUGGACAAAGAGCACACGUACCCGGCGCAGCAGAUCUUGGAGCUGGGCGCCAUGGGCGUGAUGGCCACGGAGGUCCCCGAGGAGCUGGGCGGCGCCGGCAUGGACUACCUGGCGUACAGCGUGGCCGUGGAGGAAAUCAGUCGCGGCUGCGCCAGCACCGGCGUGGUCGUCUCCGUCAACAACUCUCUGUACUUGGGUCCAAUCCUGAAGUUUGGUUCCGAGGAACAGAAGCAGAAGUGGAUCGCGCCUUUCACCAGCGGCCACCGGGUGGGCUGUUUCGCCCUCAGCGAACCAGGCAACGGCAGCGACGCGGGCGCCGCGUCCACGGCGGCGCAUCAGGACGGCGACCGUUGGGUCCUGAACGGCACCAAAGCGUGGAUCACCAACAGCUGGGAUGCCGCCGCCGCCGUUGUCUUCGCCACCACCGACAGGAAGCUCAAGCACAAGGGCAUCAGCGCCUUCCUGGUGCCCAUGCCCCACCCGGGCCUGUCGCUGGGCAAGAAGGAGGACAAGCUGGGCAUCAAGGCGUCGUCCACCGCCAACAUCAUCCUGGAGGACUGCAGGAUCCCGCUGGACCACAUGCUGGGCCCUCGUGGCGCCGGAUUCAAGAUCGCCAUGCAAACUCUGGACAGCGGGCGCAUCGGCAUCGCUGCGCAGGCGCUGGGCAUCGCUCAGGCGUCGCUGGACUGCGCCGCCGAUUACGCGCACAAACGACUCGCCUUCGGGGCGCCCAUCGGGAAGCUGCAAGCCAUCCAGUUCAAGCUGGCCGACAUGGCGCUGGCCCUCGAGAGCGCUCGCCUGCUCACGUGGAAGGCGGCCCUCCUGCGCGACGCCAAGCGGCCCUUCACCAAGGUACGCCGCCCGCGCCGCAACUUCCUGCCGCGAGCCCUUUCCCAAUCAAAUCCAAUUCUGGUCUCCAGGAAGCCGCCAUGGCCAAACUAGCCGCGUCCGAGGCCGCCACAUUCUGUUCCCACCAGGCCAUCCAGGUUCUGGGCGGGAUGGGUUACGUGACGGACAUGCCCGCCGAGCGCCACUACCGCGACGCCCGCAUCACGGAGAUCUACGAGGGCACCAGCGAGAUCCAGAGACUGGUCAUCGCCGGACAGCUACUCAAGGAUUACGCAACCUAGCUGGACGCCAAAAGCCGAACCUUCUGCUUUCACACCAUCUUGCGCCGGCGACUGGAACAUAAACAACAUCAACAAACACGACGAAGCGCCCAUAAUGCACAACGUGCUCAUGCUGCCUUUUUUUUUUUUUUUUUCCCCAAUCACUAAACAUGAAAACAUCCAUUGAUUCAUUCUUUCGUUCUCCCCACUAAGGUCUUGAGUUGUUUUUUUUCCGUUUGGAAAAAUCCCUUCAAAAGACGCUAAAUGGACAGUAAUCGUGUUUGGCCAACAGAUGGCGUGCUAAGGACUUCCAAAGUGUUGCUGCGAUCGUGAUUGUAAACAUGCUAAGUGAAGUGAAAUAAAAAGAUGUCGCCUCAUGGCCAACUGGAAGAAAAUAACAA